AUGAAGCUAGAGCUGCCAGCCACGAGCCAUUUGGGCGCGGAUAACGGGGUGCUGCAUAGACUGAGCUUUAUGGGUGAAGUGCCAAGGACACUGGUCGUGCUUAGUAACAGCGUCACACAGGUACUUCACAGAGGAGACAUCAACCAGGCUGCUCUUCCAUCCGUCUCAGAGGCCCAUCUUGCUCCUACAAUCAAUGUGAGACAAACAGCAUGUCUACCUAUGCUUUGUAUCGAAAUCUCGUACAAGCGCUCCGUACAUCAAACGGAGGCUCAAGCACUACGCCUUAGUCCCAGCGGGCUACUGGCCGCAAUACCCGAUAUCAGGCGAGACACCCUCGUGCUCUUAGCCGCACCGCGUCAUCAGUGCCUGGCCAGCUUCGCGUCGCAAUGGUGGCAGAAUCUCCAAGCGGCAGAUAAAUUCGUCGCUUAG